GGGCAGAACAGCUCCUCUGAUCAGCUGACUGUGAGUGAGAUGCUCUGUUGAAGGACCUCUGUGUCGAAAACCUGCUGUUAUCCGCGCUAUGUAUGGGAACCUGCGACUCUAAUUGAAACUACACCGUGCGGACCGAACCCCGACGCCGUUAAGCACACCGUGACUUCCUGACAUCACUGGCCCAGUGGACUAACUUCCUGCCAGCAACAAUGACAGAAUUCUGGUUGAUCUCUGCUCCGGGGGAGAAAACCUGCCAGCAGACCUGGGAUAAGCUGAUGGUGGCAACAACACGCACCAACAACCUCUCCACUAACAACAAGUUCAACAUCCCCGACCUCAAGGUUGGAACACUAGACGUCUUAGUGGGUCUGUCAGAUGAGCUGGCCAAACUAGACACUUUUGUGGAAAGUGUGGUGAAGAAGGUUGCUCAGUACAUGGCUGAUGUUCUUGAGGACAGCCGAGACAAAGUCCAAGAGAACUUACUGGCCAAUGGAGUUGACCUGGUCACCUACAUCACCAGAUUUCAGUGGGAUAUGGCCAAAUAUCCAAUCAAACAGUCACUGAAAAACAUCUCUGAGAUCAUCUCCAAGCAAGCGACUCAGAUAGACAACGAUUUGAAAGCCCGAGCUUCAGCUUACAACAACCUGAAGGGAAACCUGCAGAAUCUGGAGAGGAAGAAUGCGGGGAGCUUGUUAACAAGGAGUCUGGCUGAAAUAGUGAAGAAAGAGGACUUUGUUCUGGACUCAGAGUACCUGGUUACCAUGUUGGUGGUUGUCCCAAAGACAAGCUACGCUGAAUGGCAGAAGACGUAUGAAACGCUGGCAGAAAUGGUCGUGCCACGCUCCACUAAGCUGCUGUUUGAGGACAACGAUAGCGGUCUGUUCAGUGUCACUCUCUUCAGGAAGGCUGUAGACGACUUCAAGCACAAGGCCAGAGAAAACAAGUUUACAGUGCGUGAUUUCCAGUACAAUGAGGAGGAGAUGAAAGCGGACAAAGAGGAGAUGACACGUUUGUCCACUGACAAGAAGAAACAGUUUGGGCCUUUGGUACGAUGGCUGAAGGUGAAUUUCAGCGAGGCCUUCAUCGCAUGGAUUCACAUAAAAGCUCUGCGUGUGUUUGUGGAAUCAGUAUUGAGGUAUGGGCUGCCAGUCAACUUCCAGGCCAUGCUGCUUCAGCCCAACAAGAAGAACAUGAAGAAACUGAGGGAGGUGCUGUAUGACCUGUACAAACACCUGGACAGCAGUGCUGCAAUCAUUGAUGCCUCUAUGGACAUCCCAGGGCUGAACCUGAGCCAGCAGGAGUACUACCCCUACGUUUACUACAAGAUCGACUGCAACCUGCUGGACUUCAAAGUCUAGAUAUGUUGCCAUUAUCAUCGUCAUCGUGUGCAGCAGUGUUCAGAUGUGACACGUUCACAGACACAAGCUUUAAUUUAUUUCCAUUUCCUGUCUUUCCUCUUUUUCACCUUUUGUGUUUUCAUCCUCUCAUAUCCCCGCCGUGUUCCUGCUACAUUCCUGGGUCGAUGUUAAAUCACUUGGCUGGAAUCGGAGUGCUGAUUGGCGACUGUCAGCAAGAUCAGAUAGAUUUUAGAGUUAAAAUGGUCUAAAAUGGUCUGUUGUAAUAUACCUGAGUAUGGGCCCUUCUUUUUGUAAUUUUUCUGUUUGUACCGCACUGUAAAUGGACAACUUCCCAGGUUACGCCCACCAAAAUGGUUUACAUUCCCACGUCAUCAAGGGACAUGUAAAAUACUGUGUUUUUAUUGUCGCAUUCCCCCCCCCUCAUCGUACUUUAUUUAAAGUAACAUAAACGGUACACAUGUGGGGGAAGUGGGGAGAAAAAUAAAUGUAUGUUAAAUAUAUAGUAUUUAUUUUAAGCCUCUAAACUCUGUGAAUGUUUCUGUUUGUUCAGUUUUUGAACGUGAUGUGUUUUUAGCUUUAUGUAAGGAAUGCCUGUUUACAAGUAGAUGUUGACCAUCGUUUCCCCUCCUGAAGCUAUAAUCCUGUGAAACACUGGAACUGGUCAUUUUACAGUAAAACAAGCAAUAUGUUUGUUGAUUGUAUGCUCCUAAGAUUUCUGUAUAUGAAGCAAGUUUGAGACAAAUUAAUUAUAGGUAUAUGUGCAAAUACUGUAUUGUCAGUAUAAUUGAAAAUCGAACCACAUAUUUAAGAUAAAUGUGAAAAUAAAUACUCUAUGUGAAGAUA